AUGAGUGCACUGGGCAAGGGCGAGCGUUUCUACGUCAACUUCGACGACCCUGAGCGCGGCAUCAUCGGCGACCGCGUGGACGCCGCGCAAGCGCACGAUGACGCACUGCCGGCUUUUCCUGGUCUCAGCUUCGUUGCCGAUGUCAAAGAACGCGACACUUCGGAAGUGAAGCCACCCGCAGCGCCCUCGUUUAAAAGUACAUCCACCGGCUUCCCUGCGCACAAGAAACGCACGCGCGUAUCUGCCUUCAAGCAGCAGCGCAACGCCGCGAAGGACCCUUCCGGGCAAAAGGGCCAGGACAGAGAACCCGCCGGCCCCGCCGUCGCACCGCCUGUACCGACCAGAGAGGAUGUCUCACCUCCGGUCGCUACAGUGCCUAGGGAGGGUGCUAGUGCUGAGGAGAUAGAGCGUCGUCAGAUCGACGAGGAUAAUAGGAUGAGGCUGGCGGCGAUGACGCCCGAAGAGAUCGAGGCUGAGAGGCAAGAGCUUUUCGCCAGUCUCAAUCCUGCAUUCAUUCAGAGAUUACUGGCGAGAGCAAACAUAGAUGAGGGCAGCAAUGAGCGCUCAUUUUCCUCCACGACUGAUCUACCGCAGACAGAAACACCUCCGAGCACAUCUACUGAACCAAAAUUACCCAAAUCAGAGAAGAAAGUAACAUUCGAGGAGCCCGAGACGGAUAUGCCAUCAGCAGGCUCUGCAAAGGCAGAUGAUACAGGGAACGACGGGGCAGACAGCGCAGCAGACGAUGCAGCAGUCGAUGUUUCGAAACUUGAGGCAGCGCCCGAAAACUCACUCCCAGCAGCUCCAUCAAUUCACUUUCCCCGCCCUCUGCAACCGCCCGAGCUCGAUCCCAAUGACCCCAACUUCCUCCAGGACCUCCACGACAAGUACUUCCCUGAUCUCGCAGCAGAUCCGGAAUCGCUCGCAUGGGCGGCGCCCCUGCCUACACCCGGGUCUGCAGCAGACAAGCAAUCGCCAUACCACCCGUCGCUCCGCAGCCUGGACGCGAAAGACAUCCGUUUUGGUUUCAACGGCGCCAUAAUACCGCCCAAAGUCGCACGGGACAUGCCCGUCACCCUCGGCCUUCACCAUCACGGCGAGGCACCUGAAUCGGCAGGCUACACGAUCCCAGAGCUCGCGCUUCUUGCACGCAGCAAGGUGCCAGCCCAACGAUGCAUGGCUUUUCAGACACUUGGACGGAUACUGUUCCGGCUCGGUCGUGGCGAGUUUGGAAUUGAGGGUACGAUCGAGGUGGACGGUCCGGAGGUUUUGAAGGAGGGGCAUGAAGAUGAGCUAGAACGGCAGAACGAGAAGGACAUGUCAAUGCUGGCGAGGGGCUUGUGGGACUGUGUUGAGGAGCAUCGCGUCGUAGAUACGCUGUCGGAGGAGGUGAACAAGCAGAGCGGGCAUUUGACUGCCAAGACUUUCGCAGAAGAGGCGCUAUGGUACUGGAGAAAGGGUGGCGGUAGGAAGAAGAGGGCCGUGUAA